AUGGCCAGCCGGCUGCAAACGCUGUGCAGUGUUCUUUUGGCUUUGAACAUCGUCGUCAUCGUGUUCCGAAGCCCCUUUUUAUUCUGUCAACAACUCUCAGAACCCAGGAAGAAGCGAUACUUCCAGUCUUGUUUACCACAGUAUUUCUUGGAUCAUUUGACUAAAGAGUUCUACAAUCUGGCGGUUCGGCAGAGGGAUGGCCUGGAUGUUUUUCUGGAGACCUACAUCUCCCUGUGGCCUACUGAUGGCCUAGUGAUGUUUGACAUCGGUGCAGGCUGCUAUGCAAGUGGCUCGGACUCUGAUACAACACUGGCCAUCAAGUUCGCCAAGCACUUCGGCUGCGCCAAGAAUCGAUUUUUUGCCUUUGAACCACAACCAGAUGUGUUCAUGAAAACCAUGCAAUGCUUGAACAAGGAGUUGUUUCCGGAUCGCUUUUGCGUCGCUUUGGAAAAUGCAGCAUUCUCAAACGUGACCUCACGAUCGGGUCUAUGGAAAAAAAAAGAAGUGAUGGCCUGGGAUGUGGCCACCUAUGCUCGCUUGCAUAACCUGGCAAAGAUUGAUCUGCUGAAGAUUGACACAGAGGGACAUGAUUUCACAGUGGUGCAGGGUGCAUUGAGCAUGCUACGAGCCAAAGAGAUCAUGGUGGUGGUCAUGGAAGUGAGCGACAAGAUGAAUCCAGAUUUCUGGGGAGCUAGCUACCGAGGAGGAAAGCCUGUUUUCCACGGCAAGCACAUUGCAGAGCCCAAUGUGAAGUCUGUGUGGCAAUUUAUGCUGAAUUUAAAUUACUUUGGUUUUUGGCUUGGAACCAAACGACUGGUGCCGCUUUCAGGGGCCUGCUGGGAUGAUCGUAUGGAAAUCUGCGGCGAUCCGCACGGAUACCUGAACAGCGGCAUUUGCUGGUUCGACAUUAUCUUCAUUCUGAACCAGGGCUAUGGGGCCAAAAUGAUCAACGCGAAGCUAGCGUACUUGGAGAAAAUUUCAAAAACCUUGGCCUCUGUUGACUUGGAGAUUGCCUUGAGGAGAGCCAUCAGGAUGUCUUUCUUCUUGAAAAGCAAGAGGAAGGUAGAUCUUUUCCUCGCUUUGGUUGGCGAAGCUCGUGGCAAUGCUGCUGACUACCGCGCGCAUGAGCUGGAAGCAGUGAAGGAAGUGCUCGUGCAGAGUAUGCCUUUCACCCCCUGCAACAGAGUCAAGGAUGCAGCGAUUAGCCUCAUCGGCUUUCUGGCAGCCUGCCGAAUGGCGGCAGAGUACGGCAUCUCACAAGCGCCGCCAUGCACCUUCCAACCUUGCCAAGAGAUCUGCCAGCCCAAAUCCUAUGAGACACUCUUGCUAGAAGCCGGACUCUGGAAGUCAGGUUCCUGGUCGAAAUAUGCCCAUCUUGUGAUUGAAAUGAAAAGCGCCCUCAAGAUAUUGAAUUCUUACCCAGAGUGGCGCAUUGUUGCUCCCCUGGAACGGCUGUGGUGCAGGCUGGCUUAG